AUGAGGCAGAUGGAGUGGGAGGGGAGACUUGAGCGGAAAGUGUUGGACAAAAAUGCUGUCAAAAAGACCCUCAAUUCACCAGAGAACUAUUUUCACGAACGCCCGCUUCCCUUUGGGUCACUAACCACUGGCCACUUCUUGGUCGACCUCGACAGGAUCGGGAGCCAAAGCAACGUCGCGUUGCAGCUUUUUAGUAAUCUCAAAGCUCUUUGUAUGACCGUUGUAGGCUCGUGCAAUGGCUUCCUCUGUCACUACAAUUUCAAUUCUGACUUUACCAGUCAUCUUCACAUCUCCAAUCCUGGUACCUGUGAGUUUUUCUCUCUCCCAAUACCUUCAAAUUGUGAUAAUGGAGACUGUUAUGGUUUUGGGUUCAGCCCCAUUAGUGAUGUUUAUAAGCUAGUUCGGGUUACGUCUCUAGGUGGAGAGCCUAACCAAGUAACGGUUUUGACUGUUGGCUCUGGAAUUUGGAGAAACAUUGGGCACCCUGGCUACUCAUUUUAUAGGGUAAAUCCUCGUCAUGGAAUUUAUCUCAAUGGGGUUUUUCAUUGGAUUGGUCGCAGUUGUAGGGACAGGUCCCAGCGUUUGAUAUGUGUCUUUGAUGUUGAAAGUGAGCGGUUCCAAGAGUUACCACUACCGCUUUCUUCUGAUAAUCUGUGA